AUGUCUCAACAAACCAAGGAGGUCAUUGUGGCAGUUGACUUCGGUACAACUUUCUCUGGUGUGGCAUGGGCACAGGUAUCGAAUCCAGAUGCGCAGUACAUUAUAAACCAGUGGUCUUACGACACAUCUGGAGGGAUUGGUGGAAUGACCAGCGAGAAGGUACCCUCCGAACUGGCGUACAAAUACGAAGGUUCCACCCCCGUGCCCGUAUGGGGAUUUCAGAUUCCUGACAGCAUGCCACGGCUGCAAUUCCUCAAACUUGAGCUCGAGUCUGAGCAAAAGAUUGAUCUGAGAUCUUUGCACAGAAACAAUAUGUCACUCGAAUGCAAGGAUUCUCGGCGCAUGGAUUAUCCAUACCAUGCCACACCUGAAAGUGCCAUUAUCGACUACCUGCAAGCGCUUUUGAAUCAUAUCACCGAGGUAAUGAAAGACCAGGUUGGAACAGCCUUUGAAUCGAUGAAGCUCACCUACGUGAUCACGGUACCUGCAAUUUGGUCGGAUCGGGCCAAACGCACAACGCUCGAGUGUGCAGACAAGGCUGGUAUGAGUGCAUCUCACAUCAUCUCAGAGCCUGAGGCCGCAGCCAUCCACACCUUGAAGGCAUCGAAUCCCCAUGGAAUGAGUGUCGGGGACACUAUCAUGGUCUGUGACGCGGGCGGGGGAACGGUUGACCUGAUCACGUUCACAAUCCUUGAGUUUGAACCCAGUCUUCGGUUGAAGGAAGAGGCCCCAGGGAACGGAGCACUUUGCGGAGGCACUUUUUUGAAUAGAAAGUUUGAGGGCUUUCUUCAAGAAAAACUGGGGCUAUGCGAUGGGUGGGGUUACGACACAAUGGAUCAUGCCAUGCAGAGAUUUGAAACAGUUGUGAAGAGACAGUUUCAUGGGGACCCCAAAGAGAUGUUUGCUUUCCCCGUUCCUGGAAUUGCCAACAAUGAAACCCUGGGGGUCCGACGAGGCUGUCUCCAAGUCUCGGGGGAGGAAAUCAACAAACUUUGCCUGCCGGUUCUGGAAAAGGUAGUUGAUCUUGUCAAGCAUCAGAUGGACAUCUCAAGAAAGACUGUGAAGUCAAUUUUUCUUGUUGCCCGCUUCUUCGUUCAUACCUGCGAGAGCAUUUGCCCCCCCAGUAUCCAGAUUCUUGCCCCGGUUGAUGGAUGGACUGCUGUGGUCAGAGGAGCGCUAUCGAAGGUUGUUUCAACAAUCUCUUCCUUGGUGUCUCCGAUAGCGAUCGACUCACGUGUUGCCAGAAAGAGCUAUGGGAACUCGAAGAGUGUCAAGUUCAACCCUCGCAAACACAACCAUGGGCAAAAAUAUUGGUCCGCCUUUGAGGGACAUUAUCGCAUCGAUGUUAUGCACUGGAUCAUCAAAAAGGGCGAUGAUAUCUUUGAGUCUCAGCCAAUCGUCAUGAAAUGGUGUCGACAAAGGUUGAAACGAAAAGGAACGUUCACCGACGUCAAGCAAGAAAUCUAUGAGAUAGAAACUCCUGACGGAGUCGAUCCCCCCAUGUAUUUCAGUGGUGAAACAAUGAAACUCCACACGGUGCUCCAUCCGCAGCUUGACAGCAUCUUGUGCCAACAGAUCCCACGUGUUCACGGUGCAGACAACGAGAUGUACUACGAUGUUGCUUACGAAGUACACGCAGUAUAUUAUUCCGCACAUUGCGAAUACUCACUCUGGUUCGCGGGUAAGAAUCAUGGAGCCGUCAGAGUUGACUAUGUCUGA